AUGGACUUUCACGACCACAUUCCGGACGUCUUCGCCGGCCGCUUCAGUUUCGAGGAGGUCAACCAUUUUCUCGACCAGCAAGCGCUGCACCACUCCCAUUUUCCCAUGAGCGACGAAGACGUGGCAUUGAGGCUAUUUGCAGAGGAUGCGAGGGAUAAUCUCCUCCGGUUUGGGCAGUUUGGUCAUGCACCGCUUCCCGACCCUCUGGUUGAACAGCUUUUUCACGACUGGGAGCCACCCCGCUUUCGUGAUAGGAUUCGGGAGGCAGCAGCACCACUUCCAAACAGACAACGACAAAGGGCUCUUCGGAACUUUGAUCGUCCUUUUGAACGGGAUGGUCCAGAGGACUUUCAAGUCAAUCCCUUUCCUUUAUGGCACCAACCUCCUCGACGACCGUUUCGCCCCGUGAUCCCAGCUGCAUCAUCCUCCAGGGGCCGCAGUGUCGGCGAACCUACCAGAUCUACUUGCUCCGUCUGCUUUGAUAACAUUGAAGGACCUAUAAUAACAGCACCAUGCGGUCAUACAUUUGAUGCCUCAUGUAUGGAGGCGCUUAUAUCUGCAGCAACCAAAGACGAGUCUCUCUUCCCGCCUAAAUGCUGCCGUGAUCCUAUCCCAAUCGAAUUUGUGCAAUCUCACGUCGAAGCCACUGUUGUAGCUGCAUUCAAAGAAAAGUCCAUCGAGUUCUCGACUCCUAUACGUGUCUAUUGCUCCAAUCCCAAAUGCAGUCGCUUCCUGGGUCCUAAAAAUGACGGCAAGUCACCCUCCGCUCCACUGACAUGUUCCUGUACCACGAUUACCUGCAAUUCUUGUCGCGGAAAUAUUGCAAGUGGAGACAUACUUUCGCAUAGCUGUGCAUCAGAUGCUUUAGAACAAGAGGUACGGGCUUUAGCUGAUAAGAAGAAAUGGGCGACUUGUCCUGGGUGUAGCAAUCUCGUCGAGCUUUCCGUGGGAUGUAGCCAUAUGACAUGUCGCUGCGGCACACAGUUCUGCUAUCAUUGCAAUGCCAAGUGGGGAGCAUGCGAUUGUGCCAGCCGCGACUUGCUAGCAUUGGGACAUGGACAACUUCCUUUUCGUGGCGGUGACGGCAUUGACAACUGGUUUUUGCCUUUCCUUGGGCCGCCUCCUGACCGUCAUCCUCCUGCAAGAGCGCCUCCUGUAUGA